CUGAAUAAUUGAGGAGCUGUUCAGCAGCAGCGGCUGCCUCCUGCCUUCCUUUGCCUCCACCGCUCCGCAUCAUAGUGGGAGAGACAGAAUCUGGCGCUGUAAGUGCAGACGGCUAGCCACCAGUCCCUGCAGCUAGUUCAUCGCCUCCAGCUCUCCGACAUUCAUGCCCAGGAGAAGACUGCUUUGGGUCCCUCUGGACCUUUCCUAAAAAAGAAGAUCCCCAUUCACUAGAUGAGUUCCAGAAGCAUCCACUAAGGCUUCCAUCGCUCGCUUCCUUCAGUUGACCUUCACCGUAACCCCUCUCACACAGGAUGAGUGGCUUCCUUGCCUCCCUGGACCCCCGGCGGGUACAGUGGGGGGCGGCCUGGUAUGCCAUGCACUCCAGGAUCCUGCGCACCAAACCAGUGGAGUCCAUGCUGGAGGGAACUGGGGCCACCACAACCCAUGGCACCAAGCUAGCCAAGGUGCUCACCACCAUGGACCUCAUCUCACUUGGCGUUGGCAGCUGCGUGGGCACAGGGAUGUACGUGGUGUCUGGUCUGGUGGCCAAGGAAAUGGCAGGACCUGGUGUCAUUGUGUCCUUCAUCAUUGCAGCUGUUGCAUCCAUAUUAUCAGGUGUCUGCUAUGCAGAGUUCGGAGUCCGUGUUCCCAAGACAACGGGGUCGGCUUACACCUACAGCUACGUCACUGUCGGAGAAUUUGUGGCAUUUUUCAUUGGCUGGAACCUGAUCCUGGAGUACCUGAUUGGCACUGCAGCCGGCGCCAGUGCUCUGAGCAGCAUGUUUGACUCCUUGGCAAACCACACCAUCAGCCGCUGGAUGGUAGACACUGUGGGAACCCUCAAUGGCCUAGGGAAAGGUGAAAAAUCAUACCCUGACCUUCUGGCUCUAGUAAUUGCUGUGAUUGUCACCAUCAUUGUUGCGCUGGGGGUGAAGAAUUCCGUGGGCUUCAACAACGUCCUCAACGUGCUGAAUCUGGCAGUAUGGGCAUUCAUCAUGAUUGCAGGCCUCUUCUUCAUCAAUGGGAAAUACUGGGCUGAGGGCCAGUUUUUGCCCCACGGCUGGUCAGGGGUGCUGCAAGGAGCAGCCACGUGUUUCUACGCUUUCAUUGGCUUUGACAUCAUUGCCACCACUGGAGAGGAAGCCAAGAAUCCCAACACGUCCAUCCCUUAUGCCAUCACCGCCUCUUUGGUCAUCUGCCUGACAGCAUACGUAUCUGUGAGCAUAAUCUUAACUCUGAUGGUGCCAUUCUACGCCAUCGACACGGAAUCCCCACUCAUGGAGAUGUUUGUGGCUCAUGGGUUCUAUGUUGCAAAAUUCGUAGUAGCCAUUGGGUCAGUUGCAGGACUGACAGUCAGUUUGCUGGGCUCUCUCUUCCCAAUGCCAAGGGUCAUUUAUGCCAUGGCUGGUGAUGGGCUCCUUUUCAGGUUCCUGGCUCAUGUGAGCACCUACACAGAGACACCAGUGGUGGCCUGCAUUGUAUCGGGGUUCCUAGCAGCUCUCCUCUCGUUAUUAGUCAGCCUGAAAGACCUAAUAGAGAUGAUGUCCAUCGGCACACUCCUUGCCUACACCUUGGUCUCUGUCUGCGUCUUGCUCCUUCGAUACCAACCAGAGAGUGACAUUGAUGGUUUUGUCAAGUUCUUGUCCCAGGAGCACACAAAGAAGAAGGAGGGCAUCCUGGCGGACUGUGAGAAGGAAGUUUGUUCCCCUGUGAGUGAAGGGGAAGAGUUUUCCGGCCCAGCCACCAACACAUGCGGGGCCAAGAACCUACCAUCCCUGGGAGACAACGAGAUGCUCAUAGGCAAGUCGGACAAGUCAACCUACAAUGUGAACCAUCCCAACUACGGCACUGUGGACAUGACCACAGGCAUCGAAGCCGACGAAUCUGAAAACAUUUAUCUCAUCAAGUUAAAGAAGCUGAUCGGGCCCCGCUACUACACCAUGAGGAUCCGGCUGGGCCUUCCAGGCAAAAUGGACCGGCCCACAGCAGCUACAGGGCACACGGUGACCAUCUGCGUGCUCCUGCUCUUCAUCCUCAUGUUCAUCUUCUGCUCCUUCCUCAUCUUUGGUUCCGACCACAUCUCAGAGCGGAGCUGGUGGGCCAUCCUGCUGGUCGUUCUGAUGGUGCUGCUGAUCGGCGCCCUGGUGUUCGUGAUCCUGCAGCAACCAGAGAACCCCAAAAAGCUACCCUACAUGGCUCCCUGCCUCCCCUUCGUGCCUGCCUUUGCCAUGCUGGUGAACAUUUAUCUCAUGCUAAAGCUCUCCACCAUCACAUGGAUCCGGUUUGCAGUCUGGUGCUUUGUGGGUAUGCUCAUUUAUUUUGGGUAUGGCAUCUGGAACAGCACCCUGGAAAUCAGUGCUCGAGAAGAAGCCUUGCACCAAAGCACGUACCAGCGCUACGACGUGGAUGACCCUUUCUCGGUGGAGGAGGGUUUCUCCUACGCCACCGAAGGCGAAAGCCAGGAGAACUGGGGCGGGCCCGCCGAGGACAAAGGCUUCUAUUACCAACAGAUGUCAGAUGCUAAGGCAAACACCCGGACAAGUAGCAAAGCAAAGAGCAAAAGCAAACACAAACAGAACUCAGAGGCCCUGAUUGCAAAUGAUGAGUUAGAUUACUCUCCAGAGUAGAAGUAAACACACAAGAAACGUGUAGACACGAUGGUGAUUUCUUUUCAGUAACUUAACCUGUGGGCUAGAGGGUGAAAACAUUUUUUGGCUCUCAUUUCAAAACUCCAGCCUUCCCCCAGAGUCAGUCCCCAGUCAUAGCCCUUCAUUUGCUACUUUUGCUCUUCAGGAUAGUUCUGUUGAAGGGUCUAACCUGGGUUUCGUCACCGAGUCCCUUGUAAAAAAAAUUUAAAAAAAAUAAAAAAAAUAAACUAAACAGGAGGCUACAAGAAAUUCUAUCUUAGGUGCCACCAUCAGAGCUGAUGGCAGCAAAUGUUUCCCAGGCCUUUGCUUUGCUGGUUGAAUCCUUCUGCUUCUUACUGAGACCCCAGAAGCAAGGGGCUAACUUCUUGGGCCACACCGAGGCUGCAGCUCCUCCUGGAGAUGUGCCAAAGCAGGCGGGUCGGGGCACAGGGCGGCUUUUCAGGCACCGGGAUCACAAGGGCAAAGAUCCUCUCAGCGCUGGUGGGCUGAGGACUGCUCCCCAGGGGGUGGGCAGGUGGGUGCUAGCACUUCCUCAGCCAGCAACACUUUGUCCUCAGAUCUCACAAAAACGAAUUCAUGGGAGAAGACGCGUGCUUCUUUUUAUUCCCCAAGGUUCUCAGUCUCCACACCAGAACUUCAGGAACCAGCAAAGGUUAGGGACUCUGAGACCAUUUCCCCAGAGGUUUCAGAUUUACCAUAAAGCAGUCACACAGACCCCACAACAUGGUGAGAAGCACCAUCAAAGGCCUACUUACGUGCCCGGGAAAAAAUUAAACAAGCAUCUCUUGCAGCGAAGGCCAGAAGGGCAUUGGCAGAAAUUAACUCUCUGUCAUACCUUUUCUUUUACCAGCCCCUAAGCUCCUGCUGAUAUAAUGAAAGAGGGCAAAGUUGGAGCAUGAUUUCAUGGCACUAAUAUGCCUUGAAGAAGUAGGCCGUUUGUUUUAUAAUCAGAUAAAAAUCUUUACAAGGAGAAGUGACCCAGCCACGGAGAUCACAUUGCAAAUUCUAUUUCAGAUUUCCAAAAUUAUAAAUUGUGCAGUUUGUUGAGAUUUGCAACCACUUGAUUGGUGGGGGCUCCUCUGAAAACAAAGAUGUGAAAGCACAGCUACUUAGGUAAUCACAUUCCAAGAGAUCACAUUUCACUUCUGAACCUUAUUCUUCUGGAGUAGCUCCCUUUUAGACAUGUAUUUUGUCUGUUAUUUCCCAGAGCAGGAUUCACUGAAGCCCAGAGAAACACCUACCCAGUAAGGUCUAAAUUGGGCAAUGAGAGGGGCUCCUAAAAGAAUUUUCUCAGAAAUAACCUAGAUGAGAGAACGUGCCGCAGGAAGAAAGCUCAUGGCCUCUAAUCUCUCCUCUUGGGUUCCAGGGAUUCCCACGGCUGCACUGAGAUGUGCAUGCGAAAACAUGAAGGCACAGUUUCAGUCGAGCUAAAAUCUUUGUGGAAGUUUCCUGAAAGGGGGACAAAAUAGCAAAUUUCAUGCCCUCUCUCUCCCGGAUCUAGCAUUAUGCCAAAAGUUUUCCAGAAUACAUCGACUAAUGUGAAGUGUAUUCUUUCUUAACUGUUGAGGUUCCUGCCAUCUUGGCAUGCUUUAGGAUUCUGGAGAAGAGGCAAAUUCCAUUUUUUCACUCAGUGAACACUGAUUGAGAAAGUACCAAGGGCUAAGCGAUGAGAAGGGAAAGAAGUGUAACAUUGUGCCCUUGGGGUUCCCAGUUCAGGGAGGGCACAGCUCUGACGCCUGCCAAACGCAGACAAAACCACCAAGCCUGAGUCCUUGUGGAUGGUGCACUGGGCUUAAAAUUAAAGGUCAACUGAAACUAGUUUUUUAACACGCUUUUAAGUCAAUUGCAUAUCACACCCAUAGCCAAUGUAUGCCAAUAAAUUCAAGCAACUCCUAUUUUCUAGAUCUUCUUUUUCUGUAUCAAUUGUUCAGAUUUCUGGUCCCCUGAGGUCAUUCUGUCAUUUUAACGCGAUGCAUGGCAAUGCCGUGUCUUCUCUCCCCUACAUUUGACCAUAAAGACACGGUAGCUGGUCUGUGAAAUAUAGUCAUGGGAAUGAACCGUAAGCUAAUUAUCAGGAAUGUUUUGUGAAUACAAAGUUCUGAACUAGUUUUGAGAUUCAACAAAUCUGCCUAAAUCAAAUAAUAACGUGCUAAGCCUGAGAUAUCCAGAUAGAUGGGAUGGGGCUGUAUUCAUUAAAAAUUUCCCAAAAGAAAUAUAAAUGCAAAAUAACAAAAUCUUAACAUGGUGAAAGAGCUUGCUUUUACUAUGAGGGUUGAGUGUUAAGGUUACAAUAGUCUGGUGGCAGAUGUACGAAAUUUCUGUAGCAUGAGGAGAGAGAACACAUGCUUCGGUAAACACCACUGGCAUAUAGAUUUUGUGAAGAUCCUAUGAGCUGCUCUUUUUUCUGGAGCCAUUUCUCCCAAAUGGUAUCUCCUUCUUUUCUUAAUCCUGGCCUCUUCAUUUCUCUCAAGUUAGUCAGCUCCCUAGCAAUCUUGGUUUAAAAAAAAAAUAACUCAAAAAACUUAGUAUGAUAGAAAAAGAUUUCUUAUGGUAAGUUGACAUGUUUUGUUCAUGUUUCCCAGCCUCUGUGCAAUGGUCCCAGAUUUCAGAAUGCAGUUUCAAAUACCGUCAAUUACUAGAAUGAUUCUAUUCAUGUUUCCUAACAAUUUCCCCAAGACCACUUUCUGGGAUCAUGUUAAAAGUGAGAUCACCUUAUAAUUACUGAAGAAACUUAGCCUUCUUGAAUGGAGUUCAAGGAAGACCUACAUUUUAUUGAAUUCUUCUCUGCUGCAAAAGCUCCUCCAGGGAAGUUUCAUUGUGUGAAUUAGUAGUUUGGAACCAAUUACUUGAUUUUUUUUUUUGUAAUUGUAUUCUAUUUAUCGGUACUCUACUUCAUUUCAAAAGGAUUUUGAGGUGGCCAUUAAAAUACAUAUAAUACCGAGAAAAAAGUGAGGAGUUUGCAUAAAUUAAAAAUAGAGAUAGAAACGAUAAGACAAAUCUAGAAGUGUGUUUAGUGCACAAACGCAAAAUCUUUGUGUGCAUUGCUAGAUUUGCCAGUGAGGGGCAUCUUGAAAAAUAAUGGAAUUGUUAGUAAUGACAAGAAGAAAUACUUCUGCAUGAUAACAACAAAUCUUUCCCCAUGAGGGUAGAGAAUAGCAUAGACUAUUGAAACCUACAUAUAAGCUUCAGACUUAGAUUUUGUCAGAAACACGUGCCUGGCAUAUAGUGAAUGCUCAAUAAAUAUCUGAUGAUAAGAUGGAUGGAUGAAUAGAUGGAUGAAAGGAAAAUGAAAUGUCAUGUAUUCAACAAUUUUUUGUGGAGUGCUUAUUCUGUGCUAUGGCAUAAGAAAUGAGUGAAAUCAGGAUAUAUAAGAUAUAUAAGUAAAAACUAUAGUGAAGGUUACAGGUGAGAUGAGGGAAUUACAAUGUGAAAUUGGAGUUCAAGUAUGGAAAAGACCUCCUUCCAUUGGAGAAAAAAAAUGAUAGAGAAUUCAGCCCUUGUGUUGAGCCUUGUGGAAUGGGCGGAAUUCUGCCAGGUAGAAAUGGGGGAGAGGCUUGCCAAGUGGAGAAACAGCAUACAUAAGGUGGAGACUGGCUGGUAAUCUGUACUGUGACUAAUAAUCUGUACUGUGCCUCCUUCAAGGGGAGGCAAGAAGCUAGUUUGACAGGAGCUUAUGCUGUCUGCACGAUUUAUAUAUGGAACAGUAAGCAAUAAUGCUGAGAAGGUGGUCAGGGCUUACUCACUGAUAGACUGGAACAGCGAACUAAGCUGGCUGGCUCUCCCUGGGUGGGGACGCACUGGGGAAAUGAGGAAGGUAUGAGUCAGGUUGGACUUUAAGAAGCUGGGGCAGUGGCCUCAUCUGCCUGUGGAAGGAGCUAACAGAUCACAUACACAUUUCAAAUUGACUUAAUACAUUAAAGGGGAAAAUAUAUCCAAAUUAAAGCAAUGUAUGGUUGAUUCUUCUUUUGAGUCCUGAUUUCAUCGUUAACCUAGGAAAAGUAUAGUCAUUUAACGUGUAGACAGACAAUACGAAGUUAUUCACAGCCACUUUAUAAUUUUCAACAAUAAGUUUAAACGACCAAACCUAACAACUUUUUAUAUCUAACUAAUCUAAACGGUAAAACCUCAGCUCCAGAUUUUACUCAGCUUGAGUGCAAGGCCACGUUGAACUGGAGAAAGGAAUUGGAUGAUAGAAUUAGGCUAAGGGACACCUGGGUGGCUCAGUUGGUUAAGCCUCAGACUCCUGGUUUCA